AAUCUACGGAACACCGGCGGAACCCAGUUCGUUUCCGGCUAUCGAGCUGGAGACACGUUAAAAUGGCGUCGUUGAUCGCCGUGACAAUCUUCACGCUGAUUACUUCGGGAAUCGUCGCUGCUGACAAACCAUGUGCACCACGUCAGAUAGAGAAAAGGUCCGUAGUGUGUGUGUGCAACGCGACCUAUUGCGACGAGAUCACACGAGCGGAGCCCGCGAGCGGCAAAUACGUCGCCUACACUUCAUCUGAGGCUGGAUCGCGUUUCAAGAAACACGAAGGAGAGUUUACUUCGUACUACAAAUGGAAUGAAGGAGCUUCGCAUACUCUAGUAAUAGAUCUAUCGAAGAAGAGGCAGACCAUCGAAGGGUUCGGAGGCGCGGUUACGGACGCGGCCGGCAUUCACUGGUCUAACUUCUCGUCUGCGCGUUUGCAAGACUAUCUGAUCAAUUCAUAUUUCGGCAAGAAUGGCCUCGAAUACAACAUGCUGCGCGUACCCAUCGGCGGCUGCGACUUUUCGACACACUUCUACGCGUAUAACGAGCUGCCGUGGAACGACGGGCAGCUCACCAAUUACACGCUUGCGCCGGAGGACUUCAACUAUAAGAUCCCGAUGAUCCAGCAUAUCAAAGAAGUGGCCACGGCGGAUAUACACAUCGUGGCCACGGUGUGGUCCCCACCGAAAUGGAUGAAGACCAACGAGAAGCCCUCAGGCCCCGGCGUAAUCAAGAAUGAAUUCAUGCAAACAUAUGCCGAUUACAUCGCGAAAUUCAUACGUGAAUAUAAGAAGCACGAUAUCGACGUUUGGGCUGUCACCACUACCAAUGAGCCUCAGAACGCGUUUUUACCAUUCACGAGAUUCCAAGAUUUGGGAUGGACACCUGGAAAAAUGGGCCAGUGGAUUAUUAACAACUUGGGGCCUACGAUAAAGAACUCCUCUGAUAUUAACCACGUGAAGAUUCUGACAGUAGAUGACCAGAGGUUCACUAUUCCAUUAUGGUUUAAUGUGAUGGUAGCGAAGCAUCCAGAAGUAUUGGACUGGAUCGACGGUAUAGGCGUGCACUGGUACACCGACAAAUUCACGCCUGCUUUCAUACUCGAGGAAACCGUCAAGAACCACCCAGAUAAGUUCGUCAUUGCUACUGAAGCCUGCGAAGGCUCUAUGCCUUGGCAGACGGAAAAAGUGUCACUCGGAGACUGGUCACGUGCCCAGUCCUACAUCCAUGACAUCUUGGAAGACCUCAACUACAACCUUGUCGGCUGGAUCGACUGGAACCUUUGCCUGGACAAGACAGGCGGACCCAACUGGGUCAAGAACUUCGUGGACUCCCCUAUCAUCGUGUUCCCCGAGAAUAACGAGUUUGUGAAGCAGCCCAUGUUUUACGCUAUGGGACACUUCUCCAAGUGGAUCCCGAGGGGUUCCGUGAGGCUGGACGUGGAGGAACAGAAGGGUCUGUUGGAGAAGUCGGUUGAUCACGUCGCGUUCUUGACUCCCAGGAAUACUAUUGUUGUCGUUCUUCAUAACACGGGCAACGCCCGCAACAUCCGCGUGCAGUUAGGCGAAGAACACACCGUUCUCGCUCUGGAGAUGGCUUCUGUUACCACACUGGAGUUCCUGGCUCCUUCUAUCUCAUCGUAGGACGCCGUAGCGAAGUUAAACAAAGUUUUGAAAAAUAUUAAUCAUACAAAAUUACAAAUAAAAUCCAGGUGAACGUUAUUAAAUAUUUAUUAUUCAAAUUUAUCACUAUAAAAAAAGCCUACAUGAGAAAACGACUCAUAAUUAGCAUCAAAUUACUUUGCCCAUCUCUUGGAUGAAAUGCAACUCUCUCAUCAGUUUUUGAAGAAAAUAGAGAACCUUUACAAGCUGGUGUGGUGAGAAUUUAUUUGUUAUCGACGCGUAUUAACAUAUAUAGGUAGGUUGGUAGAAAGGCCCGGAAAGAGUGAAAAGUUUCCCAGUAUCUGUGGAAUAAAUAUGUUAUUUUUUUUAGGCUAACCAGAUAAACCUCCGCUUAUCAACAGAGUUGACUUGUAAGAACGCUUGGAAGCACUGCUUUCGGCCUCGCUUUAAAACGAUUUUUUUAUAUAAACUGACCGGCGAUUGACCCUUGCCGCACUUGACGGAAAGUAAAGAGUAAAGACGGAGUCAAAGAUGGAGCUGACAGGUUUUGCUUUUAAGAAACUGUGGACAUAAUAAUAUAAGUACGUCAUUCUGUCGACAUACAACACGACAGUCGAACAAUUGAAUAUAUAUAUACUUAAAUUGAAAGAUUGCGUCAUAAAGGAGUUCCGUUCGAAUUGGCAAAGUCAGCUGGUGCUUGUAAAGCAAAUAUAUUGAAAAAACGUUUGUAACAUGUGCAUUGUGCAUUGCGUCUGUAUCGGUAAUUAUUUAGCGUAAUUUUAUCGGAUUAUGUUCCUGCGUAUUCGCUACAAUAAUGGCACAGGGGAAACCAUUAUAUCGCAAACAUAGUUGUACGGAUGGGUCACGAACGCCAAAAAACUUAAUCGAUUUUAGAAGUGAGUUGACGAGUGCAACUUAAUCGCUGAGGUAAUUUGUACUAUAAGUAUUAUCUAGUUAUAUUAACCCAUGGAAAGCUAUAAAUAGGUGCCUAUUGUAAUGUUUACAUCUCAGUACCUAACGUAUCUGUGAUUUUUCACUUUACCCUUAUUCCCGGUAUCUUAUGAAAAUGAAUAAACGAUCGCCAAGUUUCGUAAUAUUGCAUAAUAUAAUAAAUUAAGAUUUCUUACUUAGUAAUUUUUCAAAAAAACACCUACUUGCGGUCCAUACUGGAAAAUUCAACUCCGUGCAAGAGUCAAAGUUAAAUAAUUUUAGCAUUUUAUUGUUUUGAACAUGCCCAGGACACGAAAACUGUAAAAGUUUUGAAAAAAAAAAAUGCCUGUUAGGACAGAAAAUUUAAAGGUUAACCUAUGUUAACAAAAUAUUACUCAAAUACGAAGCAUUUUCACUGACUACUUGACUGAUUUUACCUUAAAACUAUUUUAAAUGGUCAUCUUAGAUACCAUUAUUAAUACCGGAAUUCCGGUUUUGAGAGCCAAUAUCGAAUACCGGUAUUGACAAUCGUCCGUUUUUGGAUGCCCUAGUCUGGUCUGCUUCACCCACCCGCCGAUCCAUGCACAAUCUUUUCUUCAGUCGUUCCUUAAAUGCCGAGGAUCGUAACAUCCUGUCCUGUUGAAGACCAGGUCCCUUCAUAGGCUCCAUGCACACUAAAUACUGUGCAAAUUAUUGUAAAAGGGUCAAAAUCCUUUUCAUUGUCUUAUUUUUCGUCCCCAAAAAAUGUGCCGGAGUGAAGCUUUUUGUAUGAGAUGAGAUUUAGUUUUAAAAUUUUCACACGUUUAAUAUAAUCUCUGAUGCUCUCUGGGCUAUAACCGCGAAAAUCGAAGUUCGUUAAUUGCGGGCAUUUUUCUCUGUCACUCUAAUUUUGCUGAUUUUUGGUAGGAAGUACCGCCUGGAAAAUUUUGUUAUUUAGGCAAAUAGUAGGCCAAUGAUAUGGUCUAUAACUAGAAGAAAAAAUUGAGGUGUCACUACUUCACAGCCACAUAAAAAAAAUGUUUUAUUUUUUAACUGCUACUCGUUUUUUGAGUAUCGAUGCAUAUCUCACUAAAAAACAUCAUUUUAAAAUUUUAAGCAAAUCGCUUGAGUGUAUUGUAAUACACUAUAGAAAAAUUUAAAAAAAUCAUUAGUCAAAAACAGUGACUAGUAGGUAGGAUGUUGAUACUUAGGAUAAAUCAUUCACCAUAAGAGGUACUAACAAAAAAAAAACACUGAGUCAAAUUGAUUUAAGGGCCGACUUACGAUGGAAACCCGACUAUGGCCUUUAAGUAAAUAAAAAAAUAGAAUUGUUUUAUGUGUUAGUGUUAGAUAAAAUUGCAAUACCCUUACCUACAGGGUGUCAUAUUGUGAAACAUUAUAUUAUUAAGAAUCUGUAUGAACACCAAUGUGAAAGCAAUAAACGUUAUUAUUAUUAUA